GUUUUUCAUCAUCUGAAUGCUCGGAACUUGUGGUUUCAUCCCUGAGCUGGGUGCAGUAGACACAGCCCAGCUCACGGCUCCUAGCCAUCCUAUAAAGGCAGCAGGACACACUGAUGCUGCAGGUUGUUGUGCUUUGAGACGCUGCCUAUCUUUUCCUCUCUGCAACACCAAAGAUUUUGUAGCAUCACCCAACUAAAGCCAUGACUGAUAGGCUUGCCGGCAGACAAGAGGCAUCAGUAAAUGGAGAAGUUCCAGCCUUUUUCAAGAACAUGGGCUCUGGGAGCCCUAAACCGCGACAGAAAUUCUGCGGAAUGUUCUGCCCCGUGGAAGGCUCGUCUGAGAAUAAGACCAUCGACUUCGACUCCCUGUCAGUGGGACGCGGCAACUCCCGGGGCAGUAGUGUGGUAGCUAAGCAGAAGGACAUCGCCCAGGUUGGGUAUGGGUCACCUUAUUCACGAAAAGACAGGGGCGCUGAAGAUAGAGGAUGGCCAACUGUUGAAUCGGAGCAAAAGAUUGAAAUCAAGAGAGCUACUGGGAAAGAGUUCCUGCAGAAUAUUGAUGAUAAGAGUGAUCGUCUUUUGAUUAAAGGAGGUAAAAUCGUUAACGAUGACCAGUCUUUCCUUGCUGACAUUUAUAUGGAGGAUGGCCUUAUCAAUUGACCACGUGAUUGUAGAACCUGGCACAAGCCUGAUAACUGCUUUUGACACAUGGCGAGAGUGGGCAGAUAGCAAGUCAUGCUGUGAUUACUCCUUGCAUGUGGACAUAACAGAGUGGCAUAAAGGGGUCCAGGAGGAGAUCGAAGCAUUGGUCAAGGAUCAUGGUGUCAACUCCUUCCUUGUUUACAUGGCAUACAAGGAUCAUUUUCAGCUCACUGACUCCCAGAGCAACAAAGGAUCCUAGAGAUGGGAAUCACUGGCCCUGAAGGACAUGUUCUCAGUCGGCCAGAAGAGGUAGAGGCUGAAGCAGUGAACCGUUCCAUAACCAUUGCCAACCAAACCAACUGCCCACUGUAUAUCACUAAAGUGAUGAGUAAGUCGUCAGCUGAUGUCAUCGCCCAGGCCCGGAAAAAGGGGGCUGUUGUGUAUGGAGAGCCGCUCACGUCCAGUCUUGGCACUGAUGGAUCUCAUUAUUGGAGCAAGAACUGGGCAAAGGCUGCAGCAUUUGUUACCUCACCACCACUGAGCCCGGACCCAACCACUCCAGAUUAUCUCAAUUCCCUGCUUUCCUGUGGUGAUCUCCAGUUGGUUGGCAGUGCCCACUGCACCUUUAACACAGCACAGAAAGCUGUAGGCAAGGAUAAUUUCACCCAAAUCCCUGAGGGUACCAAUGGAACAGAGGAGCGCAUGUCUGUAAUCUGGGAUAAAGCUGUGGUGACUGGUAAAAUGGAUGAGAACCAGUUUGUGGCUGUGACCAGCACAAAUGCAGCCAAAAUCUUCAAUCUUUACCCACGGAAGGGGCGUAUUGCAGUGGGUUCUGAUGCAGAUCUGGUUAUAUGGGAACCUGACGCCCUGCGGACUAUUUCUGCAAAGACUCACAAUUCAACGGUGGAGUACAACAUCUUUGAAGGCAUGGAAUGUCGUGGCGUUCCUCUGGUUGUUAUUUCUCAGGGCAAGAUUGUUCUAGAAGAUGGCACUCUUCAUGUGACUGAAGGCACUGGGAGGUAUAUCCCAAGGAAACCAUUCCCUGAUUUUGUAUACAAGAGGAUAAAGGCAAGAAGCAAGAUGGCUGAACUUAGAGGUGUCCCUCGUGGUUUGUAUGACGGCCCUGUCUGUGAGGUUUCACUUACUCCAAAGACAGUGACACCGGCAUCAUCAGCUAAGACAUCUCCUGCAAAACAGCCAGCUCAGCCUGUUAGGAACCUCCACCAGUCUGGAUUUAGCUUGUCUGAUGUUAUAGUGGUCCAAGCAAUACGAGAAGUCGUUCUGGUGCACAGGUUGAUGACAAUGUUCCCCGUCGUACAACCCAGCGCAUUGUGGCUCCCCCUGGUGGCCGUGCAAACAUCACCAGCUUGGGCUAAACCAGCAUAUUAACCUAAUUGGGAGGGUGGACGCCUAAGGACUCAUUAUAUUUUAGAGCCUGUGACAGUUACUGUUGGCACCCGUUCUUUAUGGCUCAAUCAGCUCCACUCUCUUGUCACCAACUUUGUCACCCAUCCAUCAUAAAAGGAAAUCGUUUUGUGUUUUAACAUUUGCGGACAUGCAGAAAAUGUUUCAUGUAAUUGAUUUUUGUUAUUAAUAUUUUUCUUUAAAGGAAGGAUAAAGUGAAUAUGGCUGGAGCUGCCUGUUUUAUAUAUAUGUAUAUGAUUACAAUUAAACUGAACUUGUUGAUUCAGAAAUUUGUUUUGUUGCUUCUGCCCCAUUCUGUUAUACCCCUUUUAGCUGCAGGCUUAAAGUUGAUCAGAUAUCCUUACAGCUUCUUACCAGAGUUUAUCCUACAACUAUUUAGCUGUAGUUAAACAACAACAUAGUGGAGGAUAGCACGUCUGGUGGUAGACUUAUAGAAUCUUACAACCCUGGAAUAAAAUUAGCAGAAAAUUUAGUCCCUCAAAAAUGUGUGUGUUGGCAGUUUUGAGAUGGGUGUAUGCAAGCCCAUUGUAGGAGUCACUGUUUUUUUUACCUUUCCCAGAGGGGUUAUAGAACCAUAAAAUGUAUAACUUUAAGAUUGUGUUUUAAUUAUACAAAAUAAAUUGUAUACAAAAAAUCCAUUACAAGUUUGAUCAGGUUUUGGCCUUAACUAUAGCUGGACACUGUUCAGAAAUAUGAGUGACUUGUGUAUCUUCAGUGUUCAUACCAUGUUCCCAUCAUUUUACAAACCCUCUGUCUUGAGUAGGAAUAUGGCAACAUUGUGAACAAUGUACAAUAAGAAUGAAGUAUGAGGGACAUAGGAAGUAAAACUGUGUAAAAUAAAAAAAAAAAAAAAAAGUAAAUCCAGGGAUCACCAAUCCUGAAUAAGGUGUCUUGGGCUUAAAGGCUGUUGGAGUCUUUUAAACAGUAAAGCGAGCUCACCUGUGGGUAGCAGUAAUUUAGUGUUUGUGUGAAUUUAUUUCACUGCUUCUGCUGUACGACCAUCUGCAGUUGUGAAUUUUGACUUCCCAAAUCUAACAGGAAAACAUGUAGAACGCUAAAGAAAAUAUUGUAAAGCUCAGAAGAAGUGUGAUUUUGUUUGCAAAGGAUAUUGUCAGUAGAACAGUAUGAUUUACAUUAUUUAAAAUGAAUUAUUGCUAGAGUCUUAAUGAAUGUGUAACAAUUGCCUUCGUGUAGAACUCAAUCUUUUUGUUUUUUGAAGCAGUGAGGAACGUAGUACAGCUUACAAAAGAGAUGACAUGAUUUUGGAAUGCCGUAAUAUCUUGCCACAAUUUGUGCUGUAAAACAAAUGGCUACACCUAGUUUUUACAGUGUGUUGCUUAAUGAAAUUUGGCUUAUUGCCAAAAAGUUAAUAUGCCACCGGGACAUUAGACGGGUUUACAUUAAGUUGCAGAUGAACACCAAACCCUUAAUCUGAUUGAGUGGCAUUGCAUUUUUUCUGGACUGGAGAUAGGGGUCAAUUAAGUGUUUGAUUUUGUAGUAACAUGAAUGUAUGUAGGGUAUUGAUUUGCACAUUUUGAAUAGUUUGGUGGUCCAUAAAUGCUAUAUAUCUACUGAGUCAGGUACUUGACCUUCACAUUAACCAAAAGGACUUUUUUGUGGUAGCUUUCUGCAAGGUGCUCCUUUCGUGAGAAAUCAUGGAAGGAAAAAUAGUACCACAACAGAUUUUUGGUCAGAUAACUCGUAACCUUUGCAUGUGCACUUUGGUCUUGCUUCAAAUGUUGAACACAAUUUUAGUAAAAACUGUAAUCACAUGUCUUUGUAAGAAGGCUGGGGGGGAGGGGGGGGUAAAAUCUACACUGAUUUUGUUUCAUUUUAUUUUUUAUCAGAAGUUUGACCAAAGUUGCAUAAUUUGUUUUAGCACAUCAAAACAUGCUGUAGGUUUUGAAGACUAGGAUAUUAAAUUAAUAAACACUAUGACCAAUGUGUGGUAGUUCCUGAUCAAUAAAAAGGGUACUUGCUAAAUCCAUAGGAUUGUACAUGAAAAUGUUUGAGUAGCUAUAUUUUUUAUAUUAUUUAUGAAUCUUUGUAGUCCUGCAAUUGUCGUUUUUUAGUCUCCUGUGAACCAGAUGUGCCAACAACCCCUUCUCCUUUUUAUAAUUACCAUUAUAUUGUGGGUAUAGAACCACAGCAACAAUGCCUUCCUUUUGUAGCUUGCUUGUUUAAUACUAAGGGACGGUUACUGGCUUUCUUGCCAAAGCACUUGUUUUCCACGUUACUGCUCACCCUUACUAUUUAAAACUGUUGAAGACUUAGAUUCACUGCAAGCAACUUAUGCAAAAGUGUAUUUUUAUAACUGUAAAUAUGUUAAUUCAUUUUCAGCUGCAGGCUGCUCUUGUUGUUUAGCUGGGGAUCCUUUGUGGUUACAUGGACUGGUUUCUCCGUAAAUGUAACCAAGUGAUAGUAGCAGAAUUUUGGCACCAGAAACAUGAUUGUAUGUCACUGCCUUUUGUAGAGCAUUGCAAGUGGAGUUAGAAAAUGAGCAGAGUAAUUUUUAAGGGCAUUUGGAUAUGGACGUUGUGGAAACCUAAUGACAUCUUAUUAACCAAGGUCACUUUUGUUUUUCCCUAUAGCAAUUUUGUUAGCACAUUGUUUUGCUUAUAUUUACUGUCAGAUAUUAAUUUGAAUAGGAGCAAUGUAGAAUUGAAUUUAACCACACUUAACCUCAUUCCACCAUUAGAUGGUUCUGCAUUUUAAGGGUGACAGUCCCACAUUUUACAAAUCUAAACAUUGCAUGGCUCUGUCUAGAAAAUUUUAAAGUAACGGUUUGUUAAUAUUUUUUGAUUACAUUCUUCACUUUUCUUCAGAAAUGUAGUUUUGUUGUGGGAUAAGAAUUGAGCUGUAGAAGUUGGCCAGCAUGUCUUUGUGAAAGGGAGAUUGGAGAAUAUGCAGAAAGUAAUGAAUGGAUUUCAGUGACACUAUAAAGGUUAUAUUAUUUGUUAGUUUUUCACGUCCGUUCAAUAUCUAUUUCAAAACCUAAUUAGCAGUAGAGUGCUUUUCUCUCAGUGACUGGCUUCUGUAUAAAAAUAUUUGUCUAGGAAUAUUAAGUUUCUAUCAAUCUGUCUUCUGUUUUUAAAGUUUUGUUAGAAAUCAAAAUGCAAUAAAAAUAUGUAUGGAAUGUUAGAUAAUAUUCCCACCACAUUAGAUUUGCUUGGCAAGAAUAACUUUCCCAUCUAAUAGCCCCCCCCCCCCCCAAAAAAAAUAAAUAAAUAAAAAGUGGCUAUUGGCUAUACAGCAUUUCUGUACUAGGAAAACAAACAUUCUGGUCAAUUUCUGGUGAAAGUCAUGUUUCAAUUGCAAAAAAUAAAAACCUGCAUCCUUUAAUUUUAUACAUACAUAUAUAUAUAUAUAUAUAUAUAUAUAUAUAUAUAUAUAUAUAUAUAUAUCUUUACUCAUGAAAUUCAUAUGGGUUUGCCAGUAACACACACAUUUUGUGAUGUAUUGCUUCCCAUACUGGAUAAUAGGUGCAACAAACUGAAAUCUGGUUCAGUUUAGCCUGAACUACCAAGAAUUUGAAGGGUAAUUUUGUGUAAAGUUGCUUUUUUAUGUACUUGUAGUAACACACAUGCAUGCACACACUUUUUUUUACUUUGAUUAAAGUAUUAACAUGGGCUAUU